CAGGAGGCCUACUUCAUAUUACGUCGUACAGUCAUGCGCAAUAGAGACAGUAGGGCGCACUAUUUUGCAAGUACAGUAGCAAAACUCGGGAUCACUGUGUUCUCAAGAUCCUCUUAAUCGUCUCUAGUGAUCUUAAGAGGGGAAAUGACUCCGCGUGGUUUUGUAGCUUUUCUAGUCACACCUGUCCGUCAGUGCCUUCUAGUUAUUGAUAUGAUAGAAAUAGAAAGUAACAGUGGGCUACAGUAAGAGGAAAACAAGAGUGAAUGUACUGUGGAUGUGACAUUGGACGGUCGCCAGGAGGAGGGUGCAGCGCACGGUAGGAAAGGCCCUGGCGGAUGGCAAGGGGUUUCCCCUUUUAUCAACAUCCAAUCAGAAGAUCUACAAACCGUGACGUUGUGUCGAGGUCCCCCUAAAUACAUACAGUGAUGUCGUCUCUUCUGAGGGAGGAGAUGCAGAGAGUUUUAUUCCGACCUGAUAAACAGAGAUUGAUUGAGUUUAUUGAGAUUGAAGAGCCGACGCACGGAAGACAUUUUAUCUGUGUCUCAGUUUCAAAAAGCAAAGUGGUGCAGUUAUCAAUAGUCCGAUGUCAGAUAUCUCAGACGUCCCUAAAGGCUGGAUCCAAGAGGUCCCACACCAAACGCUCCAGCAUACAGGAGUGCUACAGGAGGACGGAGGUCUGGUCCCUGAAAGACCUGACUCUUGUUGACGGACGGGACCCUGAUGUGGAUGACCCGUGUUUCCUGCUGCACUUUGACAAGGUGCGUACAGUGACGGCCGUCAGCUGCUCGGCCAAAUACACAUUUGUGCGUGCCCUGGUUGCUCUCAGCGACAAGCACUGCCCGAUGUCACUGAACCUGCGGAACUUUGACUGGGCCUACAUCAAGCCCACCUCCUUUUACUCUAAUAGAGGAGAUUGUGUUGUUCUUUCACAGAUAUGCUUCUAUGCAUUCAACUUGGUAUGUCUGUCCAUGUGUCCCGUGCCUCUGGAUGCAUAAUGGAAUGACACAGUGAUUGUGUGUGUGUGUGUGUGUGUGUGUGUGUUGGACAACUGUAUAGGUUUACUGUUAACUUGUGUGACGAGGUGUGAAAAUAGUGUAGGCGUGUGGCUUCUGUUACACUAAUAGGCUUAUUCACCAUGAAAUAUCUUUUGCAUUAGUACUCUGCUGAAUGUAUCUCCAUGGCAAAUGCAAGUUUUAAGCAGAUUGGUAUUUGUUAACUGUAUAAUCUACUUUUGUGAUAUUUUAAUGACUUAUUCCUGAAACUAUUCUAUCCUGUGCAAUGUAAAAUGUGACUUUCAA